GUCACGUGCCCCUCCUCGUUCUACCGACAGGCUCCCAUAUCCCAAACGGCUCAUUCACCAACUGGAGACUUCAACUCAAGAUUACUGAUUGGAUCCACCAUCAUACUGAUACUGGUGAUAACGUUGAGAUAGAUCCGCUGCCCCCUGACUGCUGUGGUAUUUAAGAUACCAGAUUUUUCUGAUCAGAAUUUCCUCCACUUGGAUCCCGAGAGUUGGAGACACAUUUUCUGGGUUGUUGACUCAUGGCGAUUAAUACAGAUGUCGAGGACUGGGGCGCCAUUGGGAGUAAUGACUCUGGAGAAAGAGCUUGGCUCUUGCAGAGCCCCAGCGUGGAUUCUGUCCGGCACCUUGAGACGGAAAGGAGUGGGAGCGGGGGCGUGUCGUCUUGGGCAGCGGUCUUCAUCGUGGUAAACGCAGCCCUGGGAGCUGGUCUACUCAAUUUCCCUGCAGCCUUUAACCUGGCAGGAGGAGUGACUGCAGGAGUUAUGCUUCAAAUGUUUAUGCUGAUCUUCAUAAUCAGUGGACUGGUGAUCCUGGGCUACUGCUGCCAGGUCAGUAAUGAAAGCACCUAUCAGGAGGUCGUCAGAGCCACUUGUGGGAAAGUAACAGGAAUCGCAUGUGAAGUCGCCAUUGUUGUCUACACCUUUGGGACUUGUAUCGCUUUCUUCAUUGUCAUUGGAGACCAGCUGGAUCGCUUGGUGGCAGCAGUGGUUCAUGACACAGAUGAUGUAGUCAGUGGCCACUGGUACACCGACCGCAAGUUCACCAUCUCUGUUACUGCAGUCCUGAUUAUUCUUCCUCUCUCCAUCCCCAAAGAGAUUGGCUUUCAGAAGUAUGCCAGUGCAUUGAGUGUGAUGGGAACCUGGUAUGUGACCAUCGUGGUCAUUAUAAAGUACAUCUGGCCAGAUAAAGAUAUGAUUCCGAGUCACGUUCCCGCCAGUUCUGCUUCCUGGACUGCAGUUUUCAAUGCAAUGCCCACCAUUUGCUUUGGUUUCCAGUGCCACGUCAGCUGUGUGCCGGUGUUCAACAGCAUGAGCAGAAAAGAGCUCAAACCUUGGGGAGUGGUAGUCACUCUUAGUAUGAUAAUCUGCCUCUUUGUUUACACAGGAACAGGUGUCUGUGGCUUCCUGACUUUUGGCUCCAACGUCAGUCAGGAUGUGCUGAUGUCGUACCCUUCCGACGAUAUCGCUGUGGCCAUCGCAAGAGCUUUUAUUGUCAUCUGUGUCAUCACCUCCUACCCCAUUUUACACUUCUGUGGGAGGGCAGUUAUAGAAGGACUUUGGCUGCGUUUCCAAGGCGAGCAGGUGGAGGUGUGUGUGCGUCGUGAGCAGAGGAGGAGGAUCCUGCAGACGCUCGUGUGGUUUGUUGUCACGCUCGUCCUCGCCCUCUUCAUCCCAGAUAUUGGUCGGGUGAUCUCGCUGAUCGGAGGAUUGGCAGCCUGCUUUAUAUUUGUCUUCCCGGGUUUGUGUUUGAUGCAAGCCAAGCUGUCAGAGACUGACAGCCGAACUGCAAGCUGGCAUGGAUCAGUGGUCUUCGGUGUUGUCAUGGUUACGAUUGGAGCGUUCAUCUUUGGCCUCACCACAACUAACUCCAUCUAUCAAGACGUCGUCAGCUAAAAGGAAGUUUUAUCUGAGCCAGCGGUGUUUAAGACAGGGGGGCCCAGGGGCUCAGUCCUAUGCUGCGAUUCUGAACUACUUGAAAAGAUGGAGAAGCAUCUCAUGACAGUCAUUUUUUUUAAAUCCUCUGCAGCAUGUCCCAUUCCUUGCUCCGUACUGAGUUAAAGCUCCACAGCUCUUUAUUCAGUCAGGUCGUAAGUAGUCAGAGACACAAUGCCGAAUGACUUCAGACACUUUGCCUUUUAUUUUAUGUACAGUUUGAAUUGCAUGUUUUAUGUUUUAUGGUGCUUUUAACAGUGGAGCAGAGAUUGGUUCCCCCGUCUCUGGAUCCUGUACGGGCAACAUAUUCCUCUCCUGUUUACAAGAGCUGAAGGACUUUUGUAUAAAAAGGUCUUACAAUCAAAUUGAUUUUAAUAAUGAAAUUGUACCAAUUUGUCUAUUUUAACUUGCAUGUCAAAGUAAAUGUUUCUUAUUGAAAAUGACAUGCCAUGGCUCCGAGGUCUAAUCCGGGGCCAGACUUUAGGUUGCCACCGCUGAUAGUUUGUCUGCAUAUUAAGAAUUGUCUCUUCUCCAAAGGAACAUUGAAUCGAGUGAUACGUUUGCACACACAAUCAUUGAGUGGUGUGAUAACUGCUGGGACAGUUUGAGUCUUGUUACCUUUUUUAUUCUUUGAUAGUUUAACAAUGAACGUGAAUUCAGGAAGGAAGUACUAUGAUGAUUUUAUACUUGGCUUUGAGGUGAAAUCUUAUUUGUUUUGUGAAAGUUCAAAGUUACAUACACUUAAUCCUGCCGGCCUUUAAUAAGAUUAGUUAUUGCGAUGUGCACAACAGCUUCGACGAGAAGUACCGCCACAUUUA